AUGGAGUCUGCAGGCAGAUCAAUACCCAAGCUUCCAUGGCCAGAUAUUGGUCACUUGGGCAGCUGGGCAGUCUCAUCAUACAAGUUUGGAUUCGGGCCCGAAUGUUUACAAGACGGAGAUCCAGAUACCUUCUGGCAUUCAGAUGGUUCUCAACCGCAUUACAUCACGAUAACCUUCCCGUACCGAGUAGAUAUCCAAAAACUCAGCAUCCACCUGAGUUUCCCGCUCGACGACUCCUAUACCCCUGCUACCCUCUGUGUGCGAGCAGGCACCGGCAUGAACGAUUUGCAAGAUAUCCGGAUCAUUACCUUAGACAAGCCAGACGGGUGGAUAACCUUCGACGUAACCACAGAGCCCAACGAGGACGGCGACGGCUUUAAACCCGUCCCCGCCUACCUAUUGCAGAUUAUAGUUUUUGCGAACCAUAUGAAUGGCAAGGAUACGCACAUCCGGGGGCUUCGUGUCCUCGCGCCGACAGAGUAA